CACAGUAUUCAUUAAUCAAGAGUCUUUUGUUGCGAGCUGUGCGUCUUUGCUUAACAAAACCAAAACAAGAAGAACAAACAAUUGCAAAACUUCUUUAUUUUUAAUUAAUUAAAAUGUUGAGUAGACGCAUCAUUUACGUCUUCCUGACGAUCUCAAUAGUAUUAAAUCUUCAAAGUGUUUUACCAUUUUCGCAUGGAAGAAGACAGAACUCUAGGUUUUCUAAAGAUUUUGUGUUGAAUGUGCCCGAAUCUGUUGUUAAUGAGUCAAAUGAAUCAGAAGAAGAAGCCAUCACAAUCAAUACGAGUGGUGAUGAAGAAAUAGUGCAAACAGGAUCUCAAAAAAGGACUAAUGGGAGAUUGUUGGUAGCACGAGAGGAUGCUCAGCUACGAGAAAUCCUCUGUCCGGGAGCCAAUAUACUGUCGAGAUACGACUUAAAAACGGGAAAAUGCUCAGAAAUUGACACACAAGGACAUUGCGGAGAGAAAAUGGUUUUCAAAGAGGAAAUGGACAGUGCGUCGUAUGGAUAUUGUGAAUGCGACUUUGAAAAUCAUGAAGUUCCAUUAGUCUUUCAUCCUUCGUCUAACUCGUGUUAUCCAAUUUAUUCGCAGGGCUACUGUAAGCCUGGCGAAUGGCUAAUCCUCAGCAAAGAAGCACGAGGACCACUUUGUCAAAAAAAUCAAUGCCUCAUUCCACUCCAGCAACGAUUAUCUACCAAAAAUGGACGGCUAUCAUCAAAACUAAUAUUUCCCUGGAUUUGGGAUAUCAGUAGUAGCAGCAGCAUAAUCUCAUCCACGGAAUCUGCUGCUCAUCCUUCUGGCCACGAUCCAGUGAUCAAAAUUAAAGAUAGUCGGAUAAAAUCUGCUCUUCUUGCUCCGAUUCCGCAACGAUUUGUGCCGCUCAACGGAACUGGACCGUGCGUCCUGUUAGGAAGCGGAUCAAAAUUUUGUGACGUUAACGAAAAAGUAAUUAUUGACCGGGAUGAUAUCCUUCCUCGAUGCAGAGUUCCUGGAAAGACGCUCCGACGCUUGUCCAUCAUUCCGAAUGCGUGUCCUCCCGGUAGUUAUUACAGCAUUAUUGGUUACUGUCAGCCAGUUUGGGAUUUUUAACGGGCAUACUCUGGUCAAUUUAUUAUAGUGAUUUCUGAAUAAUUUAUUAUAUUUUUUACCAUUACUGCUGGUCUCAUUACUUAAAUUAUGCACAAUAAAAAAAUUUCGGGUUUUAU